UUAAAGAGAGAAUCAUUUGUGUAAUAUCUGUAAUCUCUGAUCAUUCAUCUGAUUUUUCUGCUGCAGCAGCUACAGGGCUGGGUCGUUAGUUCCGCUUCCCCUUCGCCAUAGCGGAAUUAUCCAGGGGCCGAAAAGAUAGAAGAAAAGUUGAAUUGUAAAUAUUUCAAACUACGUUUUCAAGUUGUUCCCACGCCGUGAGAACCGCUAAUGCCCUGUGGCCCAGGGGAAGUACUUUUAAAGAGAUUUGGAGGAGUUUCAAGGACCAUUUUGCAGGAUCGUCCGGGAGUGAAGUUGUGUUAAAGUUGAAGUGUGGAAACUCCGCUGGUGUUUGGUGUAUCAUCUGCUCUCAUCCUUGGCUCAUCCUCUCAACGUGCAUGAGCACACCCGUGCCUCCAGCUGAUGUGAGAGCAGCCCGCUCCCUCUCUGUGUGCCACUCUCACCAUCAUUACACAGCUCGCCCAGAAAAAUCUCCUUGAUAACUUUUUACCAUGUGUGAUAACGGAGACCCUGAAGAUAAACCCCCCGCCCCUCCUGUCAGGAUGAGCAGCGCCAUCUUUAGCACCAGCUCUGGCAAAGACUCACUUUCUGCCAACCACAGCACUAAGCCCCUGCCCUCUGUGCCUGAAGAGAGAAAACCUCGCAAGAAGAUCAUCUCAAUCUUUUCUGGAGCUGAGAAAAGUGGAAGGAAGAAGGACAGAGACAAAGAGAGACCAGAAAUUUCUCCACCCUCUGAUUUUGAACACACCAUACAUGUUGGUUUUGAUGCUGUCACAGGGGAGUUCACUGGUAUGCCUGAACAGUGGGCUCGACUACUCCAGACCUCAAACAUCACAAAGUCAGAGCAGAAGAAGAACCCACAGGCUGUGCUUGACGUUCUCAAGUUCUACGACUCGACAGGCAACAGUCGUCAGAAGUACCUCAGCUUCUCGUCCUCUGAAAAAGAUGCAUUUACUCCAGGGCCUCAGUCUCCUGUUAAAAAAGGCGCAGAGCCCUCAUCUCCAAAUAUCAAAGACAUUGAUGAUGAUGAUGACGAUGAAGCUCCUCCUCCUGUUGUGGCUCCAAGACCAGAACACACAAAGAGUGUGUACACUCGCUCUGUUAUCGACCCAAUCCCUGCACCAAGCACGUGUCCCGAUGGAGACUCUGCCUCCAAGGGCGUAGACAGACAGAAGAAGAAGGGCAAGAUGUCCGAUGAAGAGAUAAUGGAUAAACUGAGGACAAUAGUGAGCAUCGGAGAUCCAAAGAAAAAAUAUACCAGAUAUGAAAAGAUUGGACAAGGAGCAUCAGGAACAGUGUUCACGGCCAUUGACGUUGCCACAGGACAGGAGGUUGCUAUUAAACAGAUUAACCUGCAAAAGCAGCCGAAAAAGGAACUGAUCAUCAAUGAGAUUUUAGUGAUGAAGGAGUUGAAGAACCCCAACAUUGUCAACUUUUUAGACAGUUUCCUAAUGGGGGAGGAGCUGUUUGUGGUGAUGGAGUAUCUGGCUGGGGGCUCGCUGACAGAUGUGGUUACAGAGACCUGUAUGGAUGAAGCCCAGAUAGCUGCUGUGUGCCGAGAGUGUUUACAAGCAUUGGAUUUCCUACAUGCAAACCAAGUUAUCCACAGAGACAUUAAAAGUGACAAUGUGUUACUGGGAAUGGACGGCUCUGUCAAGUUGACGGAUUUUGGCUUCUGCGCCCAGAUCACACCAGAGCAAAGUAAACGCAGCACCAUGGUAGGAACACCGUACUGGAUGGCCCCUGAGGUGGUGACCAGGAAGGCUUACGGACCUAAGGUGGACAUUUGGUCCCUGGGUAUAAUGGCCAUUGAGAUGGUUGAAGGAGAGCCUCCUUACCUGAAUGAGAACCCACUGAGAGCAUUAUACCUAAUAGCCACAAAUGGCACACCAGAGCUUCAGAACCCUGAGAAACUGUCUCCAGUCUUCAGAGAUUUUCUCAACCGCUGCCUGGAAAUGGAUGUAGAGAAACGAGGUGGAGGCAAAGAACUGCUUCAGCAUCCGUUCCUAAAGCUGGCCAAGCCUCUCUCCAGCCUCACGCCCCUCAUCCUGGCAGCCAAGGAGGCCAUGAAAGGCAAUCGUUAGCUGAUGAAACCUUCUGCCCUGCCUCUCCAUGCUGUGCACAGAUUUUCUGUGCCAACGAUUUAGAUUUUGUGCCAGACAAUAGGCUGAGAGUGACCUGCCACCCUUGAUGCACCAGCCUUAGAAGCCCUAACAAACCUCACUGUGAAGAAGACCAAAAAACAUCGAGCACAACUCCACCGCUGUCCAAAUGAACUCUUACUCAGUUGUCGGAAGACAAGUCAGACCCAAUGCUAAGUGUCAGACACAGUCCUAGUUGCUUUGUACAAAGUAUCUCCAGGUGACAAGUUAGGGCUAGGCUUGUAUUUAACUUGGAAUGAAGAAGAUGCCUAGUUCUAUUUAGUUUUUUAAUCAACUGCCUUAAAUACAAGACGUUGCCUAAUGUAUUGUUGAUUGUGUCUGUGUCUCUUUUCCCGUGAUUUUUACUACCUUUGUAAUUGACCUUUUCAACUUGUCGGUGUCUUAGUUAUUUUGAUACUUGAAUUUCAUAUUUGUUUCCCUCCAUGCGAUGUAGUGGGUCUCUCUCAAAGAACACUCUUGCUAUUUUCACUCUGUCUCGUGUUUUUAUGGACAUUUUCUCAAAACGUUUUAUAGAAAAACAUUUGGGGCGAGUUCAUUAUCUUGAACUCUUGCUGCAGUUUUGUCUUUUUCCAAUUGCAACGCCUGACAGACCUACUGUGCCUGCAUCAUUUAAACUCCUGGUAUCAAAGCUGCACCUUACAGGCCAAUGAAAUUGUUAGAUGGACAGGGUUUAUAUUUUCUCUAUUGUUAUUAUUAAAAAUAAGCUUUGUAUGUGAAAUCUGUCGUUUGUGUUCUUCUGGACUAGACAAAUAAGCUUUUGUGUAUAUUGUGUACUUAAUACUCAGUUUCAACAGAAAAGGCAGCUGUAACCUAGAGGUUAGCUGUUGAAAGCUGGAUAAGACAAUUUGUUAACUGUCUGUUUGUUUGUUUGUUUUUUCCUAACCUGGACGCCUAACAACCUUGUCUGCGCUUAAAAUAAAUACAGUUAUUCUUUCUUUGA